CAGGAGCGCCUCGAGCGCAGGUAUCCCACGCCCCACGAGUGGACCUUCCGGACGCGCAUGGACUUCCGUGGCGGCAACUGCGCGAGGUUCGAGCCUUCGCCGGGAAAAAUCACAGACUGGCAGCAGGUUGCCUGGUGGUUUGAGACCACGGUCAAGCGGCUUGAGGAUCCCAACAUUGACGGGCAGGGCGUAAAGGAUGCUCCGCACGAGUACCCCCCCGGGACCAAGGAUGUGACGGCAAAGUCGGAGGAGUGGAGGAGAGGAUACUACGAGGCCAUGAUGGGAUAUGCCAAGGCAGCUGAGCACAUGGACGGUUGGGUGCUCGAUAAGUCCAGGAAUAUUGUCUUUCCUCCGGGAACCAUGAUCGGGCCGUCAAAUCCCUUCCCCAAGCCACUCCCGCCGGGCUUCAAGGGCGCGCCGCGCGAGGAGGACUGCGAGCUGCGGUUCGAGUCCCCUGAUGCCAUCUACCUGCGCAUCCUGUCCACCCCCGGGUUCACAAAUCGUCAAAAGAUCGAGGCCGGCCUGGCUUACGGUUCCUGGCUGGAGUACAAAGGCAUCAACGGCCCGGCCAGCGUCAUCCUCGAGGAUGCCGUGAACCUCGCGGCCUCCGAGCGGCCAGGCCUGCCCGCCGAGCCCCUCGACAAGAAGACCUGGACCCUCAGCGAAGCCGCCGGUCUCCCUUCCGAGAACCUCCUCAACGCUCUCACAGCCUACGCCACCUUCCGCGCCCGCCAGGGUGCCCUCGACUCCGCCCUGCCCAUCCUCGUCUCCAUCCUCAAAGCCCGCCGCAGCCUCCCGCCGCCCACGGCCCACUCCUCGUCCUCCUCGAACUCCAUAACCGCUGCCCUGAACAGCAACAAUAACAACAACAACAACAACAACGGCAACGGCAACGGCAACAAGCCCGCCGGGGCCCGAUCAGCAGGCAUCUGGUCCACCCUCACGGCAUUCCUCGCGCCGCCCCCUUACCCCCCACCCCCGCCAGACGGCACCGCCCCGCCCACCCGCGACGCCCUCGACCUCUGCCAGGAAGCCGCCCUGAGCCUGCACAUCGGCGAGAUCUUGUACGCCUCCUCCCCCGGCAGCCGCGAGGAGGGCCUCGGCUGGACGCGCGAGGCCGUCGACGUCGCCGAGGAGCAGCUGCACCAGCUGCCGCAAAAGGCCACGCGGGACAGCCCCGCGCGCGCCGCCUGCCGCGAGUGCCUCGCCACCGGCCUGGGCAACUGGGCCGCCAAAGUCGGUCAUAGUCGGUUCUGGCAGCUUUCUGGCAGCCGACGCAACCUCGAAAACCCGAAAACCCCGUUGGUCAGCGGGAUCCGCAAGAGAUUCGCGGUAUUGUGCGGCCUGCUUCGGCUUCUGGUCAGGAAGCAUAUCGCUUGGCUUUGA